AUGCGAACUCGCCGCGGCGCAAGGGACAUUGAAAGCGACAAUGAUGACUGGAGCGGCUUCGCGAGGCCGGAGGAGGAGGAGGAGCUCCGCCCCUCCCCCAUGACUCACUGGACAAAGUGGGGCCAACAGUCCUCCGCAGUUCCCAUCGAGCCUCUUCGCAGCCGUUCUUAUGGGGUCUCAGAGGCUUUGAUACCACGCGGGAAGCUGGCGGCCACUGAGCACGAAUUGGAGCGCACCAAAGAGGUGUUGCUGCAAUAUAAAAAUUACGUGGAGCGGCGGUUGCUGCGGCACAUUCAGGGAAUGGAGGAGGAGUGUGCGCAGCGCGGCAAGUUAUGCGAACGCCUGAAACGCGACAAUGCGUUGCUCCUGGAAGAGCUUGAGCGGUACCGUGCAUUGAGGGCGUCGGCGUCGGAGCGUGUUUCUUCCGAUGCGUUGGGGCGUCGAGCACACUCGCCCCCGUGGGGGCAGUUGCGCCAAGCUUCUUCCGCUUCUUACCCAUCACCGCCGCCGUUGCCAGAGCGCGAGGACCCAGCAAAAGGGGUGCUGCAGAUGCUGCGAGCCCGUGAGUCCACACUUCUGGGUCAGCUUCAAGACGAGAGGGCGACGCGUGCGCGGCUGGAGGCGGAACACGCCGCAGCGGUGCGGCGGUUGCAGGAACGCGUGGCGGAACUGGAGGAGAAGAGGCGUAUGGGUAUCGAUGCGGCCACCAUUCAGACUCUCCGUGAGCUUCUCGCACGACGGGACGAGGAAAUCCGUCAGCUACGGAAGCUGCAUGGCUCCACUAUAGAGAAGCCAUUGGAGGAGGGCGAGCCUCAGGGCACGGAAACCAGCUUUCUAGCUGAGUUGAGGCAGACGGCGCGGGAUGGCGUGGAGUUUGCUGCCGCCAUGACUGCAACUGCCAUCAAAACGACCGACGCUCACGCAGCCGCCGCCCAUUUCGAGGAGGUGGAGCAGCUCUGGGAGGAGGUUCUCCGCGUCACCGCGUCUCUUCCAGAUGCUCUCUCCAAAUUACCGCGGCAGCUGUGGUUGUUGCCGGCCACCGCUAAGUCGAUGCGUUGCGCCAUCGUGGCGGAGCACAUUCAGCUGGCUCUCUUUGUGGGGCAACUACUACAUGCGAUGGAAGAGCUGCGAGGCACCCUCGCGCUUGAGCGGCGGGAGCAGCAGGUGGCUGGAGAUCGUCUACGCGAAGUGGAGGAGGAAAGCACUGCGUUGGUGCAGCGGCUACAACAGGAGCUCAGCGAGGCCGCACAGGGUGCCCCAUUGCGGACGGCCAAAAACGAGCCCGCUGCGUUGCAUAGGAGACAAAAGUCGUCGUCGCCGGCUGACGCGCAAAGGUGCGACGUUGCCACACAAACGCUGCUCUCUGCUCAGCUGUCGGGAUUGCAAAACGGUGGGACGGCCAGCCUGGUUGCUCCUCCCAACGCGGCCUACACGCCCCGUUCAACCAAUUUGGGGGAUCUCCUGCAAGAGAUGGAGGCCCUUGAGCGGGACAACGCUGCAAAAUCCGCGCUCAUUGCUAAGCUGCAACAUCAGCGAGAGCGCUUCUUGAGCGGCGUGGACGCGGAGCUCGCGCCCAGUCUUUCAGCAAGAACGGCAAUGGCGACUUCAUUCACUCAGUACCUCCUUGAAUGA